GGACCUUACGUUCUACCGACAGCAAUGCGAACGGCAACGGCAACGUGGGUGUAAAUACGUGUACGCAUGCGCCGAUCAAAAUAGUGCCGUUCUCGCUUAGCGUGCCCGACGCCAUUCUCUUUAAUUUGACGUUGUGUGAGAACGGCAUUAAUAAAUUGCACAAACAAUCGAUGUCUUCUGAAAGAACAACAUCAAGUGUUCCUAUGAAAUGGACUGAGCUGCAUGAUGAGAUAUUUGUACGAGAAAUUUUGUUGAUUCAACCAUGGAGCAGUAAGAAAGCAUCUCCUGAAAGAGGAGAAGCAUGGGUGAAGAUAACUACUUCAUUGAAUUCUUUGGAAACACCAACGUUUCGUGUAACUCAAAGGUCCGUACGUAAUCGAUAUGCUGUGCUUGAAAAGAAACAUAAGAAGAAAAUACGUGAUGAAAAUCUUGCAAGUGGAAUAUCAUGCCAGGAGAAUGAAGUAGAUCUUGGCAUGGAUGAAAUUAUUACAUUGUUUCAUGAAGCUGAUAUGGAGCACGAAAGAGCAUCAAAGGAAAAGAAAAGAAAACUUGAGGAGGAAGCCAGUCAGGCAGCUGAAAUGAGACAGCAAUCCCUUGAAUUGUUUGGUGAAAUUCGCAAGAGAUCAGAGUUUACUGAUUCUGAGGUAAAAACUGCCAAAAGAAAACGCAGUAGUGGUUCAAAAAAAGUGAGAGAGAGGCUGAGUUGAAGAAGUAGGAAUUGGAAAUA